AUGGGAGCACAAAGAUCUACCUCACUGUCUAAGAAGACGGGAAACAAACUUCACCGUCAAUCGUUAUACGUGAAGCAAAAACAAGAUCGCGAGAAGGAGAAGCGUGAGACUCGUUUUCGAAGGAAGAAAGAAGAGGAGAGGGAACCCGAACUUCGAAGAGAACGAAUUGCACGAAACAUACCGGCGACAAUUGACCGAAAACGAGUCUGGGACGACGUUGACGAUGAUGGAUUGGGCGCAAGUGUUGAUAUGGAGCAGCUGCUCAAAAAAAGGCGCUUACAACAGGAAGAAGCAGAGGAGAAGCUAGCUGCCGAGGCAGAAAAUGGCGAUGAAUCUGAAGAAGAAGAAGGUGACGAGGCAGACAGCAUGUUAGGUUCGGAUGACGAGGAAGAAUCUGAUGAGGAGGUGGCCGCAAAGGUUCGCGCAAAGCAAGUCAUCCGGGACGAUAGCAUGGCGCCCUCAACCACGUCAACGAACCUCGAUCUCACGCCGGAAUCGCUGGUAGCUAAAUUCCCGUCGCUCUUUUCUGACGAUGGACCUGCAGAACCCCAAGUUCUGGUUACCACUACGCUCAAUUCGACUAUACACGACGAAGCGAAAUUACUUUGUACCCUAUUCCCACACAGCACAUACAUACCACGGUCGGCGCAUAAGUAUGGCUACAAGUAUAGUGUGAGGGAAAUUUGCAAGUUCGCGGGAAAUAGGGGUUUCAGUACUGUCAUGAUCGUGAGGGAAGACCAAAAGAAGCCAGUCGGCCUCGACAUCGUCCACCUACCUUCGGGGCCAACAUUCCAUUUUAGUAUAUCGAACUGGGUUGAAGGAAAGAAGUUGCCUGGCCAUGGUAACCCGACAAACCACUACCCCGAACUCUUACUCAACAACUUCAAAACACCGUUAGGUGUUCUUACAGCAAGACUUUUCCAGUCCCUGUGGCCUAAGACUCCCGAGCUUCAAGGUCGUCAGGUCGUCACAUUACACAACCAACGUGAUUAUAUCUUCUUGCGCCGACAUCGAUAUAUCUUUCGAGAUAAACGGGCGACAGAGAAGAGUGUGGUUGGCGCAGACGGAAAAGAGUUAAAGGGAGUAGAAAACAUUCGCACAGGUCUUCAAGAGUUAGGACCUAGAGCAACACUUAAGCUCAGACGCAUUGACAAGGGAAUUGGACGGGCUGGAAGCGAAGGAGACGAUGCAGUACAGUGGGAAUGGAAGGCGAAGAUGGAAAAGCAACGAACCAGAUUCAAUCUUUGA